GGUACGCGAGGAACAGGCCUGUUUCUUCUAGGCCCCUCCUCCCACCAAGGGAGACUUCGAGCUACGGCGCUCUCGGUUUUCACUCCGGUCCGCAGAGGGAACCCUAUAAGAGGGAGCUGCGCCGCCCUGGCUGCACUUUCGCUCGGGUUUUCGGAGAUGUCAGGUCGUGGCAAGGGCGGGAAGGGGCUGGGCAAGGGCGGCGCCAAGCGCCACCGCAAGGUGCUGCGCGACAACAUCCAGGGCAUCACCAAGCCCGCCAUCCGGCGGCUGGCCCGGCGCGGCGGCGUCAAGCGCAUCUCGGGCCUCAUCUACGAGGAGACCCGCGGGGUGCUCAAGGUGUUCCUGGAGAACGUGAUCCGGGACGCCGUCACCUACACGGAGCACGCCAAGCGCAAGACGGUCACGGCCAUGGACGUGGUCUACGCGCUCAAGCGCCAGGGCCGCACCCUCUACGGCUUUGGGGGCUGAAAACCAAAGUGGACUCCCAUCCUGUACCAAAAAGGUCCUUUUUAGGGCCCCCAAGUUUUCACUGAAGGAGCUUUAGUGUUCGUCUGCAAACGGGCUUCGGUGGAGGCGCUGAGUUCCUGACGCAUCUUCCAGGGU